AUGGCUUUAUCAAUUCCUAAACCUCCUGGUGUUAUGCAAAUGCUGAAAGAUGGAGCAAGAUAUUUUCAAGGUUUAGAAGAAGCAGUUUUUCGAAAUAUUUCUGCCUGUAAAGAAUUCGCCCAGACUGUCAGAACUGCUUACGGUCCUAACGGAAUGAAUAAAAUGGUUAUUAAUCAUCUCGAAAAGUUAUUCGUCACCAACGAUGCGGCUACAAUUAUAAAAGAAUUAGAAGUUGAACAUCCAGCAGCCAAGUUAAUGAUUCUUGCAUCACAAAUGCAAGAACAAGAAGUUGGAGAUGGAACUAAUUUUGUGAUAAUAUUCUGCGGAGCCUUGUUAGAAGCUGCAGAAGACAUGUUAAGAAUGGGAUUGACUCCCUGCGAGAUAACCCAAGGGUACGAAUUAGCUUUAGAAAAAACAUUGGAAAUCCUUCCGAGUUUAACAUGUUACGAAGUUAAAGAUGCCAAAAAUGAACAAAAUGUUACUAAGGGAAUAAAAACUGCCAUUAUGAGUAAACAAUUUGGUCAAGAGGACUUUUUAACAAGUCUUAUCACUAAAGCCUGUAUCAGUAUUUUGCCUGAAAAAACAACUUUCAAUGUAGACAAUAUUAGGGUUUGUAAAAUUCUCGGUGCUGGUCUCAACAGUUCUCAAGUAAUUAAUGGAAUGGUAUUUAAAAGAUUUGUCGAGGGUGAUGUCACCAAGAAAACCAAUGCAAAAAUUGCAGUGUACACUUGUCCUAUUGAUAUUUCUCAAACUGAAACCAAAGGUACUGUUCUCAUUAAAACUGCUGAGGAAUUGAAAGAUUUCAGCAGAGGAGAGGAAUGUUUGCUAGAAAGUCAAAUAAAAGCAAUUGCUGAUACUGGAGUAAAUGUUAUCGUGGCCGGUGGUAAAUUCGGAGACAUGGCUCUUCAUUACCUAAACAAGUAUAAUUUGAUGGGGGUAAGACUUAACAGCAAAUUUGAUGUGAGGAGAAUAUGUAAGACAGUUGGUGCUACAGCUUUACCAAGAAUGACUCCUCCUACAGCAGAAGAAAUUGGUUAUGCCGAUUCUGUUUUUGUCGAUGAAGUCGGAGAAACAUCUGUAACAAUCUUUGAAAUAAAUGGAAAGGAAUCAAGAAUUGCUACGAUUGUUAUUCGAGGCUCUACCGAUAACUACAUGGAUGAUAUUGAAAGAGCCAUAGAUGAUGGAGUCAAUACUUUUAAAGCAAUGACUAGGGAUGGAAGGUUCUUACCUGGAGCUGGAGCUACUGAAAUUGAGUUAGCGAGACAAAUUUCAUCAUUUGCAGAUACUCGUCCGGGUCUCGAUCAAUACGCAAUCAAAAGAUUUGCCUACGCCUUGGAAACAUUUCCAAAAACUUUGGCUGAAAAUUCUGGCGUGAAUGCCAAUGAAGUGAUAACGAAACUCUACGCUUCUCACGAAGAAGGAAAUAAAAAUUUUGGAUUCGAUGUCGAGAAGGACACUCUUAUUUUCGAUGCGGCUGCAAAUGAAAUUUUAGAUUUAUUUAUUACAAAAUAUUGGGCCUUAAAAUAUUCAGUGAAUGCGGCUUGUACCAUUCUCAAAGUAGAUCAAAUAAUUAUGGCGAAAAGAGCUGGAGGUCCGAAAAAUAAACCACCCGAAGGAAUGGACGACGAUUAA